ACUGUGCUACCUCUUAGCUUGCAUUCCCUCCUAAAGUUUCCUCUCUUCCUGCUAAGGAGAUCUCGCACCCCUCCCCCCUUACCCCUUUUUCCCUAGCCGUAGUGCGCGUGCGCGAAGCGUGCAGCCAUGGCGCUGUCACAGAGGGAGGCGGACAUUCAGAUGAUGCUGGCGGCGAAGGUGCAUCUCGGCACCAAGAACUGCAACUACCAGAUGGAGCGCUACGUCUGGAAGCGCGGCGCGGACGGUGUGUUCAUCAUCAACCUGGCCAAGACGUGGGAGAAGCUGCAGAUGGCGGCGCGCGUGAUCGUGGCGAUCGAGAACCCGCAGGACAUGUGCGUGCAGUCCGCGCGCCCGUACGGGCAGCGCGCCGUGCUCAAGUUCGCGCAGUACACGGGUGCCAACGCCAUCGCCGGCCGCCACACGCCCGGCACCUUCACCAACCAGCUGCAGAACAACUUCUCCGAGCCGCGCCUGCUCAUCCUCACCGACCCGCGCGUUGACCACCAGCCCGCGGCCGAGGCGGCGCUGGGUAACAUCCCCACUAUUGCGUUCUGCGACACGGACAGCCCGAUGCGGUACGUGGAUCUGGGCAUCCCCGCGAACAACCGCGCGAAGCACUCCAUCGGGUGCCUCUACUGGCUGCUGGCGCGCAUGGUGCUGCAGAUGCGCGGCUCCAUCCUCCCCAGCCAGCCGUGGGACGUCAUGGUCGACCUGUUCUUCUACCGCGACCCCGAGGAGACCAAGGAGGAGACGGCGGAGGAGGGCGCUGCUCCGGAGUUCGGAGCGGUGGAGUUCGCGACUGUGCCUCAGAUCGGAGCGGAGGGGCAAUGGGACGCCGCCGCCCCCACGGCUGACUGGGACGCUGCUGCUGCCGCCCCUGCUGGGACUGUGCCUGCUGCUGCUGGUGGCUGGGACGCCGCUGCUCCCCCUGCUGCCGGCGCCCCUCCUGCUGCCGUGGGUUCAGGCUGGGAUGCCGCUGCUGCCCCCGUGCCUGGCGUGGCUGGGGCUGGCUGGGACGCUGCCGCCCCCGGUGGUUGGGAGGCCGCCCCUCCCCAGUAAACACCUGCACCAGAUGCGACCUCCCUGAAAGGUCUGCCAGUGGCUGGCAGGGUUCUGCUGUGGUGGAGAGUAGAAGAAAGCGCCCCUCCGCUGUUGUGUUGCGGUGUUCUUGGGCUGCAAUUCGAAAGGAAGGGAUUGUGUUGUAUUGCAGGAUAUAAGGUGUUCUUGUGUGAUGGUUCUUGAAGAAUGCGAUUAUUUUGUGUGGAGAUUACUGGAGAAUCAAAUCUGUUUUUUUCCAACAUAAAAAAGUCAAUUUGAAAGGGAUCUCUAUAUUGCUGUGGGUAGGACA